ACUCAAAAGCGGCCGGAGGCGCGGGCGGCGCGCCCUGUCCCGCGGCCGGGUGUCCGGAGCGCGCGCCCCGCCGCCGCCGCCGCCGCCAUGGCCCGGCCCCUGAGCGACCAGGAGAAGCGGCGGCAGAUCAGCAUCCGCGGCAUCGUGGGCGUGGAGGACGUGGCGGCGCUGAAGAAGGGCUUCAACCGGCACCUGCACUUCACGCUGGUCAAGGACCGCAACGUGGCCACCCCCCGCGACUACUUCUUCGCGCUGGCGCACACGGUGCGCGACCACCUGGUGGGGCGCUGGCUGCGCACGCAGCAGCACUACUACGACCGCAGCCCCAAGAGGGUUUAUUACCUCUCUCUGGAGUUUUACAUAGGCCGCACGUUACAGAACACCAUGAUCAACCUUGGCCUGCAGAAUGCCUGUGACGAGGCCAUUUACCAGCUUGGAUUGGAUAUGGAGGAGUUAGAGGAAAUUGAAGAGGAUGCCGGGCUCGGCAAUGGCGGUCUUGGAAGGCUUGCUGCCUGCUUCCUGGAUUCCAUGGCGACGCUGGGGCUGGCAGCGUACGGGUACGGCAUCCGCUACGAAUACGGAAUCUUCAAUCAGAAGAUUCGAGAUGGAUGGCAGAUAGAAGAGGCAGACGAUUGGCUCAGGCAUGGAAACCCCUGGGAGAAGGCCCGCCCCGAGUUCAUGCUGCCUGUUCACUUCUACGGAAGAGUAGAGCACACCGAGACAGGGACCAAGUGGAUCGACACCCAGGUGGUCCUUGCUCUUCCAUAUGACACGCCGGUGCCUGGGUACCUGAACAACACCGUCAACACCAUGCGCCUCUGGUCUGCUCGGGCACCCAACGACUUUAACCUCAGAGACUUUAACGUUGGAGACUACAUCCAGGCCGUGCUGGACCGGAACCUGGCCGAGAACAUCUCCCGGGUCCUCUAUCCCAAUGAUAAUUUUUUUGAAGGAAAGGAGCUAAGAUUGAAGCAGGAGUACUUUGUGGUGGCUGCCACCUUGCAAGAUGUCAUCCGACGUUUCAAAGCCUCUAAGUUUGGCUCCAGCAGUAGUGCCGGAACUGCGUUUGAUGCCUUCCCAGAUCAGGUCGCCAUCCAGCUGAAUGACACGCACCCGGCCCUCGCCAUCCCUGAGCUCAUGAGGAUUUUUGUGGAUAUUGAGAAGCUGCCCUGGUCCGAGGCGUGGGAGAUCACCCAGAAGACCUUCGCCUACACCAACCACACGGUGCUCCCGGAAGCCUUGGAGCGCUGGCCUGUAGCGCUGGUGGAGAAGUUGCUUCCUCGACAUUUGCAAAUCAUUUACGAAAUAAAUCAGAAGCAUUUAGACAAAAUUGCCGCCUUGUUUCCUAAAGAUGUUGACCGUCUGAGAAGGAUGUCCCUGAUAGAAGAGGAUGGAGGCAAAAGGAUCAACAUGGCCCACCUCUGCAUCGUGGGCUCCCACGCUGUGAAUGGGGUGGCUAAAAUUCACUCAGACAUCGUGAAGACCCAAGUAUUCAAGGACUUCAGUGAGCUCGACCCAGACAAGUUUCAGAAUAAAACCAACGGGAUCACGCCCAGGCGCUGGCUCUUGCUCUGCAACCCGGGGCUGGCUGAGCUGAUAGCGGAGAAAAUCGGGGAGGACUACGUGAAGGACCUGAGCCAGCUGACGAGGCUGAACAGCUUCCUGGGUGAUGACCUCUUCCUCCGCGAGCUCUCCAACGUGAAGCAGGAGAACAAGCUGAAGUUUUCUCAGUUCCUGGAGAAGGAGUACAACGUGACGAUCAACCCGGCCUCCAUGUUCGACGUGCAGGUCAAGAGGAUCCACGAGUACAAGCGGCAGCUGCUGAACUGCCUGCACGUGGUCACCAUGUACAACCGCAUUAAGAAAGACCCGAAGAAGCUCUUCGUGCCCAGAACAGUUAUAAUCGGCGGCAAGGCGGCCCCGGGAUAUCACAUGGCCAAACUGAUCAUAAAGCUGAUCACGUCCGUGGCAGAGGUGGUGAACAACGACCCUGUGGUGGGAAGCAAGCUGAAACUCAUCUUCCUGGAGAACUACAGAGUGUCUCUGGCUGAAAAAGUCAUUCCAGCCACAGAUCUGUCGGAGCAGAUUUCCACCGCAGGCACCGAAGCCUCGGGGACGGGCAACAUGAAGUUCAUGCUGAACGGGGCCCUGACCAUCGGGACCAUGGACGGGGCCAACGUGGAAAUGGCCGAGGAAGCCGGAGAGGAGAACCUGUUCAUCUUCGGCAUGAGAAUAGAGGACGUGGCUGCUCUGGACAAGAGGGGGUAUGAGGCCAAAGAAUAUUACGAGAAACUUCCAGAGCUAAAGCUGGCCAUGGAUCAAAUUGACAAGGGCUUCUUCUCUCCCACGCAGCCUGACCUCUUCAAAGACUUAGUCAACAUGCUAUUUUAUCAUGACAGGUUUAAAGUGUUUGCAGACUAUGAAGCCUACGUCAAGUGUCAAGAAAAAGUCAGUCAGCUGUACAUGAAUCCAAAGGCCUGGAAUAUCACGGUACUCAAAAACAUAGCCGCCUCGGGGAAAUUCUCCAGCGACCGAACAAUUAAGGAGUAUGCCCAGGACAUCUGGAACGUGGAGCCUUCUGACAUAAAGAUUUCCCUGUCCAGUGAACCCAGCAGUGGGGAGAACAAAGCCAAUAGAAAGUAAGCUGUAAAAUGUCCUGAGAGAGAAUAGCUUCUUACUGGACUUGAACAUGUUUACAACAUUCUUUGAUUUUGUUUCAUUUUGUUAAACAAUAAUCUAGUUAAGUAUCUCUGGGAAUUGGGAGGAAAAGUGUAUGACUAUAUCAGGGCUAAAAAUAAAGUGUCAGUUUCCAAAGGCUACACAA